UAUCACACUAUAGUUGUCACGACCGCAUGUGGAUGAAUUGUUAUUCAAUGCGGUUGAGGUGCUGGUCAUGAAUAUUCUGGUUCUGAAUCGUGCAAGUGGAUUGUGAAACUGUCAGCAGAUACAGACUGUGUGGUCGUUUUGAGUCAUUUUUGCACCGAUUCCUAAAUUUGGUUGAAGGAACUGGCAGCAGGGGGCGAGCUCGUUACCUUGUAUCUGGAUACGUACUUUCCCAAGCCGAGAUUUUAUUCAUUCACAAUCGUAUCAACUUUCACGAUCAGGUAUUGAUGGAGUUCCAUGUGUUGUGACUAGGUCGACCCGGCUUAGGGUUUACAAAUACAUGUACAUUUCAGCUGUACAUUUCAAUCACUUUAGCCAAUUGUCGGCAACAUAUUGAACACAUGGAGGUGCAUUUUAGCAACAGUUCUUUUCAAACUUGUGACAAUGUCAUGUUUUGUCCUGAAUAAGGUCACUUAGGAUUCAAAUUGUGCAGGCAAUUUUCAAUCGACUGAUAAAUAUUUAGGACUUACAUUGUAAUUACAGCUGCAUUCAUUUGGAAUGGAGCUUGUUCAAUGAAUCGUAUUUGUGAGUGUGGAAGCCUAUACUGCUGGACAGUUCGGUGCAGGGAUGUAGGGAUUCAUAUUUUUGGAGGAUUCAUGUUUUUUCCUCUUUAUAGAGCUUCAUUUGACUGGAGAAACGAAAAGAUAUGUACCUCAGCUCGACUGUAGAGUGUUGAAUUUUUGAAAUCGGAUGAAAAAUGACAAGUUCAGAGGCAGAUUUUGCAAGUAAGGGCAGUUCCAUGGACAAGAUUUUCAUGUGAAAAGUUUCCAUUUUUUUGUGCAAUGUCACAUUCCUGGUUGGUGAGUUUCUGGUGACCAUGUUCAGGCCUGCAACUUCUGGACAAUAUGGUAGAUGCCAAAGUUUGCAAAGAACAUAACUGUUUGGAACACGACAGGUUGUGGAUAAUGUGUCGUAUCCCAUAAUUUGGUUUUGAUCCGCGUGGAUGAACACUUUCUUCUGUUGGAUAUACAGUGACCUACUUGACGAUUCCAGGUAAAAGUGUUUUGUGACAUUUUAACGUUAGUGAGACUUCCUGGUUGGGCUCUCACCGCACAGUUCGUGAGGAGUUAAGUCCUUCUGACCUUCUCUGUGGUCAUUCUACUCGCAUUGGUUCUUUCCAAUCACCGAAGGGAGUGUGCCGGAUCCCAGCGUCUUCAUUGGUGCAGACUUUGAGGUGACCCACUACUUCUAUUAGAGCAGGACACUGCAGUGUUGAUGACCAAAAAACUUACCACACAAAGGAAGAUUUGACUCUGGAUUUAGACUUGGAGAAAACGCCUUGUUUACUCUGAGAGCAUUCUCACUGUGCUGCAGGCCUUGUUGCCAUUAUUUGCAUUUCUACUGCUAUUUCAAGAUUGCAUAAUCUGUGUUCGUAGACCUCACCAUGUAUGAGACGGCUCUGGAACCGUUGCCAGCCCCGGAUGCUCCGGAUGUGGCCAAGGAGAGCUUCGUGAAGCGUGUCUUGAGGAAAUUAUCCACCAGUACCACACUGGAUGUGGCAGAUUUUUCAGAGCCACAAGACAGGAUUGAUGAGCGACCCAUGGACGAUGACUGCGUGAUGCCAAUAUGGAAGUCAUAUCUAUACCACCUCCAGCAGCAAGCCCCGAUGCCGAGGAGGGUCGUCUGUACCAGAGAUCUGCCAAGCAAACCAGCUCAGUACGGCCGCGAGUUCCAUGGUGCAUUAUCACGGGAGGAGACCGACAGACUAGUCAGUAAAUGCGAUGGAUGUUAUGUUGUGCGGGAGAGCCAGAGGGCGCCGGGGACAUAUACGCUAGCUAUACGAUUUGAGGGUAUCACGAAGAACUUCAAAUUAUAUUACGAUGGCCAGCACUAUGUGGGUGAGAAACGGUUCGAUACGAUACAUGACCUAGUCGCGGACGGACUUAUUACCUUCUAUUUGGAGGCAAAAGCGUCAGAUUAUAUCGCCGCGUUAUCGAACGAAUCAAAUUAUGAGGAAUCGCCGUAUUACCGCACAAAGACGAAGAAACAGAAGGAGUUGCAUGCGCCCGGUGGCGCCCCACAGCAGCUUUAUCAAGAAGUGUUAGAUAACCGGGAAAAUCUCGACCGGGAUCCUAGUCUUAAUAAACAAAGUCUUGCAUUUGGAGAAUUAGAUUCAGCAGAUUCCAGAGGAGCAACAACAAAUUCAAGAUUAGAUAUAAAAAAGUAUGAAAAAACACAUAAAUUUAAGGUUCAAAACUUUAAAGGUCCUCACUGGUGUGAUUUCUGUGCUAACUUCAUGUGGGGUCUAAUAGCUCAGGGGGUCAAGUGUCAAGACUGUGGUUUCAAUGCUCACAAGAAGUGUUCAGAGAAGGUACCCAACGACUGCAUGCCCGACAUGAAGUUUAUCAAGCGCUGCUUUGGCAUUGACUUGACAACGUUAGUCAAGGCUCAGAACACAGCUAUCCCGGUGGUGGUCACCAUGUGUAUAAAGGAAAUAGAAUCUCGAGGUGUUGACGCUGAGGGCUUGUAUCGUGUGGCUGGUUUCCAUGACGACGUAGAGGCAAUCAAAUUAGCAUUUGACAAAGAUGGCGAGAAUACAGAUAUAUCAUGUGCGGUUUACGAGGACCUCAACACCAUUGGCAGUGUGCUCAAGUCCUACUUUAGAGAGUUACCCAUUCCAUUAGUCACGUUUGAGAGCUAUCCCCUAUUCAUCGAGGCUGUCAGAAAAGACGGUUUAGACCAAGACGAGAGGUUGCAGAUGGUGUAUCACGCGACCGGCAAACUGCCACCUGCUCACUACCAGACAUUAAAAUACUUGAUGGCUCAUUUAGGGAGGGUCGUCGAGAAGCAAAGAGUUAACAUGAUGAGCCCUGAAAACUUAGCGAUUGUAUACGCACCCACGUUACUACGGUCGCCAGAUACGGACCCCCUGUCAAGCCUCACAGCGGCCAAAUAUGAACGCAACUUAAUGGAACUGAUGAUCUCGCAUCAAGACAUAUUGUUCACCCAAUAAUGAACUUCCUGCCAUAGCCACUUCUAGUGUUAGUUAUCGGGACUACUCAGACACAAGGCGAAACUCGGAAUGAAUGAAAGUCUUACUUUACAUAGAGUCACUCAGUCACGUGUUGGAUGUGAAUAGAUGUUUUUUGAGACAUGUGUGUAGUGGUUGGGGGGGGUAUCCUUAGCAACAAAGGGUAGCAGAUUUUGCACGUGUUUGACCAGGAGACGGACGGAAGCAGUUCUCAUUUUAGCCAAAUGGGCAGGAAUACAACAUUUAUUUUAGCGCUACAAGGCAAAACGAUCCAAGUCGUAUGGUAAAUGCAAAGGACUAAGGUCAUUUUGUCUUGCUGGCCUUCAUUUUAGGGUUACUCUCAUGAAUAAACCAAUCUAAUGUCUGAAAGUCUUUAAGCACGUUCCAGUAUUCUUCCAGUUUCGAGCAAGAAAUCAAAUCAAAAGUAGUCUUCUAUUGAGUUGAGUAUGAUUGUGUGAUGUUGCCACUGAGAAUGUGAGACCAGCUCUGGAUAGUGUGUGGUGCUGUCUUACUGGCCAGCAAACAGGUGGCCAUGAGGAUGACGUUAAGUCAGUCAAACACUGCAAAAACAUGACAUCUACUGGUGACAUCAUCUUUCAUCUUCGCGUUUACAGAUAAUGGCAAGAUAUAUGACCAUGAAAAGGGAUAUUACUGCUGUGUGGUUGUCAAAAUAUGAGAUUGAAAGUAAAAUGGAACCUCUCUUAGCGGACAACUCUCUAUUAAGGACAACCUUUUUAUUAAGGAUGCUAAUUUUGGUCCCAAACUGAUAAUUUCCAUUCAAUUCGACCUCUCUAAUCAGGACACCUCUCUAUAAAAGACAGCACUUGUCAGUCCUGUGGGUGUCCUUAAUAGAGAGGUUCUACUGUAGUAAGUACACAAAGUGACAAUAUCUCCAAACCACGAAAAAAGCAGCAAUGAAUAUUUGUGGGUUUACUGUAAUAAUCAGUCAUUUUUCAUCUUUUGACCCCUCUGGUAAAAUUUCCAAAAUAUCCCGUUUGCACCAAAAUGAAGGGUUAAGAGUUGAUAUAACUGACUGACGAGAAAGUUAUGGAGGAGACUGCUAUGUAUGUUGUUGCUUUAAUUUAUAAAUAAUCGUGAAAGAAACAUAACCUGUCUGUCAAACCAUAUCACCUGCAUACUUAGUCGUCACAUGAAUAUUCAGAUUUCAUUGUCUGUAUAUUUGAGUAUUCAUUACAUGAUAAACUGGAACAUGUAUAUUCAUUGCCCUGCUGUGCCUGGAAAGUGCAUUAUUUUUCCUACAAAUUUGCAUGUAUUUAUAAACUCUGUAUAUUUAACUUGUGUACAUUUGGUUUAGAUGAAAAUAUUAGUUGAGAUUAAUGUGGAAAAAUAGUCACUUUUGCCAAAUGAGAUGUCUGUGUGGUUGCGGCCCAGAAACUGUUAUAUCUGUGUCUGUCUGGUUUGGGCCCAGAAUCUGUCUUAUCAUGUGUCUGUCUGGUUUGGGCCCAGAAUCUGUCUUAUCAUGUGUCUGUCUGGUUUGGGCCCAGAAUCUGUCUUAUCAUGUGUCUGUCUGGUUUGGGCCUAGAAUCUGUCUUAUCAUGAGUGGGCGUGUGGCCCAAAAUCUGUAUAUCUUGACCAAUUAUGAGAUCUUGCCUAUGGACUGGGAGUUUUUAAGGCCAAAUUGAAAACCGUACUGUAAUGAUAUUAACCCACCCUGAGUGAAGGGGAGACUGCCAAGGGAUCAGUGCAUGUUUUACGCAUUCAGAGGCUAGAAUUGAACAGGGCCCCUUGCCAUACAUACCUUGGGUUGUUCUGCGUCUGGUCACUGGGUGCUCAAGGCUAGGGUAUGACUGCGAGGUCGCACAAUAUGUCUUUAUUCUAACACCUUCCUUGCAAUGUACUGAUGUUUUCCAGGUCAAAUGCAUUGCGCCUGGUUUUGGCCGCAGCAGGUGAAUGACUAGGUGCCUUUGAGAUGGACGUACUUUUCCCUUCACUGCGCAGUCUGGUGGCUUGGGUUGCUCACCAAAUGACCAGGGAGGUUUCAUUUCACCUAAUGCCUUAGUGAGGCACCUGGUUGCAGCAGACCUUUCAGCUUCAUUUCAUUUCUGAAGGGGAAGGUGGAUGAAUUUCAGAAAUUUUCAAAUCCUACGAUGUUUUAUUUUUGUACAAAAUCCCAUAUUUAUGGGAAUCUUGUACAUGACGAUGUUUGUUUUUUAUUUAUUUUAUCAUUGUGUGCUAUCUGUUGUUUUAACUCUUGGAGGGUUCCAUAUUUUGUUGGCCAAGUCUGUUCUUGAAUUGGUUUACAUCGUGGGUAGCUGAGAUACUUUCUAAACAUGCGACACCAGGUGAAGAUUCUCCGCUAUGCGGUACGCACAUGGUUUAGUGUGUAUAUUUGCCACUGAAUGGCGCUGCCUGUGGUGGUUGGUGUUCACCAACAUAUCCAGCAUCCCCUUUGUAAACUAAUUCAUGACCUUUCUCUUGAUGAUUUCAAACAUGGCAUCAGAAACUGUUUUUUUCUGUCUCGGCUCAGUACUUAUAAAGUGCCCCACAACGGGCGAUUUAGAUUGCAAUGAUUUGCAAGAAGUAUUACCGCAACAAGCAUAAAAAGAUCACUUGUCUGAUGGAAAAGCCUAUUAUAUUAUUGAGGCCACCACCAUUCUUGUCGAAGGCACCAGCGAUGACCACCGUAAUUUUUGUCGCAGGCACCAGCGAUGACCACCGUGAUUCUUGUCACAGCCACCAACAAUGACCCUCGCAAACAUGAGAUUUUUAGCGCAUGUGAUCACGAUUGAAGGUCCUGCAGACAACAGAUGGCACAUGCAUUCGACAGCACUUUAAGAGAGUGCUGCAUGAUCACUCUUGUGCACAUCCUGGCUUUCGCCAUCAAGGUCUUAAUUCCUCAUAUCACCAACGGAUGCAAGGCAAUAUCAUUUCUCUCAGUGCUGCAAGUUUCAUCAGGUUUUUUGGGCCGAGCCUACUAAAAGGAUACUGAUGUCACAUGCACACUGGUUUAAUGAUUUAUGACAUCUGGCCUUCUUUUAUUGACCAAUAAACGUUUUAACAAUGCUGAUGCUCCAGGGAGAAAUGGGUCGAGACGAUGUUAGCCUUGCACUUACCAAGUUCAGAGUUACUGUAAAGGGGCGCUCCUGUGAUGCAUCAGAAAGUAUACACAAAUAUUCUAAACUAAAAAAUUGAUUUUGCGCUUUUUUCAAUGUUUAUCUGUUGUGCCAUUUGCACACGCGGGAAUUUUAAAAACAUUGCCAGCACUGUAUUAUGCAACAGUGAAUGUAACACUUGUACCCCCUGGUCAGUGUUGACUGCCGAUUGCCUGACUAGGGGGAGUACAGGGUUUACAUUGACGGUGCAUUAUCCCGAGACACUCAUGCAUGUGCUUCACUGAUUUUCUCCAAACAUCUUCCAACUUGUUUUGGUUCUAUGCGGAGCACACUUGUCAUCGAAGUGUUGUCAUCCUUUUGUCAUCCCCAUAAGAGUAUUGGAAGGAAACUUUCUAUAUUGAGCAAAUGUUAAAUGGCUGAAGUAUAAAGUGCACAAUAAAGAUAUGAUAUAUGA